GUCACAGUUUUCAAGAAAAGUAACAAUGAAUCGGGUUGAUUCCAGCUUGUAUCACCAUAAUCUAAUCUGUUCUUGAAGCAAAUACUUAAACUUGACUCGGUCUCUGACCUCCACCUCCCGCCAAGACCACCAUGACUACGUCUCAGGGUGAUAUCCAGCCGGCUCCCCGCCGACGCAGGCGACCUGCUGUCUCUUGCACGCUAUGCAGACAGCGCAAAGUCCGCUGCUCUCGUGGCACGCCCUGCACAAACUGCGUCCGGUCAAGGACUGGCACUUGCGUGUACGACAAUAAUUAUACCCCGCAAGCAAAGGAUGAUUUCCCUGAGGAGCCCUUUGUCCAGCUGCCUCUGUCUCCCCCUACUCCACCUCGGCAGAGCAUCUCAGCGACAGCCACUGUGUUGGCUGGUGACCAUCAUGAGGCUCUUCCGACGCCCAAUUUUGGGCUUUCACGGCCGCUUGAGCAGGGCGGAUCCGAUUGCUGCAGUACCAGCAGCCCUCCGUCUCAAGACUUGGCCAGCCUUCAGUCACAAAUAAAGCAGCUGCAGAAACAAGUCGCCCACCUCAGUUCUAAGAACCAACACAGCAUCGACUCCUCAGUGGUGCAGUCUCCGGUUGCGGAAGAAGAGCAGAAGCAGUCGUCCCAGUCGAAAAAGCUGAGCUGGAAGCUCUUUGGAACCCUGCAUUUCAUCAGUAACGAUCAAGGUCAUCAUAAUAUAAUGUCGGGAUCGCGUCUCUACGGGGAAAGCCAUGCCUUUGGACUGGUCACACACUUUGCAGACCUGCUGCCUCUGGAUGAGUUGAUAUUUCGCCGAAUAGAGGAAUCAGCAUCAUUCAUCUCCACCCUGAAACGAUGCAAAGAGCUGGCAAGGGUUAUCAAAAAGUCCAGGGCACCUACGUGGCCAACCUUGCCGACGUUUGAUCUGCCUCCCAAGCAGGUCUGCGAUGAGCUGCUCGACUGCUACCUCCGCACCAGCGAAUCGAUAUACCGCGUCGUACAUAUCCCCUCGUUCAAGAAACAAUACGACGCGCUCUGGACCUCGGGGCCCGUGAGAUCCAACCCAGUGGAUAUCGACGUCGUCGACGCAACUACUCGCCUCAAACGACCCAAGUCCACGAUUGCUGCGUUUUUCGUUCUUCUCAAGCUCGCCCUCGCCAUCGGAGCCGCCGUGUACGACGAGAGCUUCAGCUUCAGGACGGCAGCGGUGCGCUGGAUGUACGAGGCCGAGUCCUGGCUUUCAGAGCCCAACGUCAAGUCGAGGUUGGGUAUCCAGUCGCUGCAGAUCCACAUCCUCCUCUUGCUGGCACGAGACGUUGUCCGCGUUGGUGGGGACACCGUGUGGCUCUCUGCGGGGGAACUCCUGCGCAGCGCCAUCUUUCUGGGAUUGAAUCGGGACCCAGCUCACCUGCCCGUUGGACGCCGAGCCCUGGCAGCGGAGAUGCGAAGGCGGCUUUGGUCCACCGUCUUGGAGAUUUCGGUAAAUUCCGCCAUGGCCGCCGGCGGGCCGCCGCUCAUCUCUCUCGACGACUUUGACACGACAGCUCCCGGAAACUUUGACGACGAACAACUAGAAUUCGCACCCACAGGCCCCGACAUGUAUCCCGAACCUCUAGAGACGUGGACCACGACUUCCUUGUCGAUUGCGCUCCGCCGAACAUUCCCUACGCGCGUGGCCGUCGUGGCUUUCCUGAAUGGUUUCCGCUCGCAUCGGUCCCACGAAAACACUCUUGUCCUCGACAAGCAGCUCCGCACGGCGCUGAGGGAGCUUCAGCAAACGGUCAGCUCGCUUCUCGAGUCGGGGUGUGAUACAAAACAGGCCCAGUUCGCCAUUCGGACGAUAGAAUUCGUCACGCACAGAUUUCUCGUCGCUCUCCACAUGCCCUUCUUUGCGCUAUCUCUCAAGGACAGGACUCAGUUCAUGUACUCGCGCCAUGUUUUGGUGGAAAGCGCGCUGAGAAUUUGCCAAGCGGCGGAGCCCGCCGCUGGCCACGGAGGUGACGACUUUGCCCGGUCCUGCACCACUGGUUCCAUUUCCAACCGGUUGGUCAUCGUGCAGGCCUCUCUCGUCGUCGCGGUCGAGAUCCACGUGCAGGUCAAGGAAACCCUCAACGUCGACGGGAGGGCCACGCUGCGGUCUGACAUGGUCGCCGUCCCCCGAGCGUCCAGAGACUGGGCGCUGCGGUGCAUCGAGUGUGGCGAGACAAACGUCAAGGGCUUCUGCUUCCUGGCCUCUCUGGCUGCGUACAGCGAGGCGCUGAUUGAGCGUCCCGAGCUGGAAAGAAGCGAAACGGCCGACGUCUUGUGCAAAACCAUGGAGGAAUCGGCAGACGUCUGCCUGUCGAUCCUGCAAAAGACCUCGGAUCGGCUCAUGUCUCCGACAUCUGCUAGCCCGGAGGAGCUUGACGCAAUGGGGGAUCCGCAUCUGCCUGUUCCCGACUUUUCCAGUCGCAGUCGGAGUGGACCCAGUUCGAUCGGGGACCUCGAUUUCUUUGAUUUCGAUACACUUCUUACGAUGCCAAAUACCAACACCAACGACCCAAUGAACUGGUGGUUUGAAGGCUAGGGUCAAGGUGGGCGUCUCACUACACUGACUAUCAAAGGCAUCGGAGCAUGCUCAUAGUACUUGGAAACUUUUUAUUAGGUUAUAAGUGUGCUUGGCCUUUGCAGCAAAUUAAGAAUAUACAUCAAGAGAUUCAGCUUCACACCCAAUCCGGACGCAUUUGGCCUAUGGGGGAAGAUUUCUCGUCCAACCUGGUCACGGCCACACCAAACUCGACGGUUCGGCGGAUACCAUGCUCCUCUAUCGGAUGGUUGGAGCUGCCGGCGCUCGUCCCCCGAGCACCGUAGCUACUGGACGACACAUUGCGGAGCUCCAUGGGGCCCAUCUCGACGUCGGUCUUGUCGCAGAUCGGGGUGCGGUCCUCCUCGACGGUGGCGACGGAGCGUCCCUUGGCCGGAUCGGUCUUGCGGGCGGAGCGGCCGGAGCUGGGGGCGCCCGAGCUGCCGGGCCACUUGCCCUUGUUCGCCUUUGAGGCGUUGGCGCGGUUCUUGCUGAAGAGGAAGCGAAAGGCCGGCAGCAUGGCCACGAUGAUGCCGACGGCGCACUCCAGGAACCCCCACUGGCUGAGGAUGGUGGGCGUCUUGGUCGCCUCCUUGAUGUCGCCCGACACCUGCUGCAUGCUGCUGACGGCCUGCGCGAGGCGGAUGAAGGCAAAGAUUAUGAUGAUGGUCCCGAGCGAGAAGAUGAAGACCAGCCCGGCCUUGGCGCCUCGGGGGAUCAUGAGCUUGCGCAAGAGGUUCAGGGGAAGGAUCAUGACUUUUUUGGGGAGGUUUCAGGGGUCAGCAUGAGGAUGCUGGUCAGGAGCCAAGGGAGCGCAGAUGAAAAACUUACUUGCAAUGUCGGCGAUAAUGUCGGCAACCGUCGCAAAGACGAGAGAGCCUUUGGCUCGAUUAAUGUCGUUGGGCCCGUAGCAGUUGGGCUCACCGAGAACUGUGAAGAGUUAGCGGUCAAGAACAAAGACAGCGAGUUGUAGCAACUUACUGGUCCAAUAUUUCUGGAGGGGCAUGCACGUCAUGAAGAGGGAGACUAUGCAGGCGGCAUAGAGCAGGGUGACAAGCGUAAAGCAGGCCCACCAUGCCUGCAUAUACCCAGGCAGGCCAUUGACGAUUCGCUUUACAAAGAAGAGAAUCGAGUAUUUUGCUGCAUGGUUAAAGCAACCCGUUAGCCAACAACCGACUUUGUCCUUGUAUUGCAACCGAUCGAGCGAUGGGGGCGAGUCCGCACCAGUCCAUAUGGUUGUCCAAAAGAUAAUCAUGGACGCAAACAUGGCCUUGAGGGACGCGGUCAUGUUAUCGAUGAGCUCGUUCAGGUUGAGCGGCAGGGCUGCGAACGGGUCGUUCUCGGUCGCUUGAAAGUAGUCGAUGGCGACAAACAGCUUCUGCAUGAUGGUCGUCGCCAGCGCGGCCAUCGCCGUGAGGCACAGGAAGCCGCUCAUGGCCCAGUAGUCGUCGGCGUGGAGGCGGCGCUGGAGGACAUAUUGCGAGAUGCCGCGGAAGAGGGUUGCGAAUAGUGCUAUUGUCCACAGGACCCAGAUGAGGAUCUGUUUUUUUAUGUGUUUGCACCAAAGAGGGAAUUGUGUUUGUCAGUUUCUUGCAUAGCCACCAAAAAAAGAACGGACGAGGAUUGUGGGACACCCCCUACCAUCAGAUCUCGAUAGCUCAAGCCAUCGUAGUACAUAUUUGUGGAAACAAGGAAACAAUACGAAGAAGAAAAAAAAAGAAAAAAAGAAGAAAAAAAAGGUUCAGAACCCCCAAGAAAGAACCUUUGGUGAGAUCACGCAAGCAAAUCCCCGAGAUAAACUUCACAACUUCAGAAGAAGCGAAGAACAAAAUCGUCGCACGCUCGACCGGUUCCCUCCUUUGUAUAAAUUAUACAAAACACUGAUGGGGAAACAGAGAAAAAAGAUAGGAUUGAUCAACCCAACCCACACUCCCGGCCGGCAUAAAUAAGUCCAUUACUCGCUCACAUCUGUGACCUCGAUACCCGGGACGGAGAUCCGAAUGGACGCAACGCUCCAAACUUUUUUUUUCUUUUUUCCUUUGUAUUAUUUCCUUGCCCGUAGUCUACUAGUCAGGAGUGGGCUGCUCUUGUCUUUCUUUUGAGUCCGUGUGUUCGCCUACGGUAUGGAUACGCAAUUCCACGAUGGGCAACAAGUCACGAAAGAAGCAGCUCGAUCUCGCCC